GCGCUGCCGCCAGCGAAACCGCGACGUAAAGUACCGAGACCGAGAAAGCUUAAAGACAUUCCCAUAUACGAAUUAGAUAUCGCAAUCGCAUCGCGUAUCGUUUCUUUCAACUGCGCGACAUUGAGCUUGAGAUUACCUAUCGAUUGACACCUCACAAAGACAUUUGAUAAAGGGAUAGUGGCGACGGAGAUACAUCACAAUGAGCAUCAGCGACCUCGAUCGCCAAAUACGCGACCUCCGCGCCUGCAAACCUCUCACCGAACCCGAAGUCCGCCAACUCUGCCACCGCGCCCGCGAAAUCCUCGUCGAAGAAGCCAAUGUCCAACACGUCGACUCGCCCGUAACAAUCUGCGGUGACAUCCAUGGUCAAUUCUUUGAUUUGAUGGAGUUGUUCCGGGUUGGUGGGGAUGUACCGAAUACGAACUACAUCUUCAUGGGGGACUUUGUCGACCGGGGGUUCUACUCAGUAGAAACGUUUCUGCUGCUACUGGCGUACAAGGUACGAUAUCCAGAUCGCAUAACCCUCAUCCGCGGUAACCACGAAUCCCGACAAAUUACCCAAGUCUACGGUUUCUACGACGAAUGCGUACGGAAAUAUGGGUCGGCGAAUGUAUGGCGGUAUUGUUGCGAAGUAUUUGAUUAUCUAUGUUUGGGGGCUGUGGUGGAUGGGAAGGUGUUUUGUGUGCAUGGGGGGUUGAGUCCGAGUGUGACGAGUUUGGAUCAGAUUAGGGUUAUUGAUCGGAAGCAGGAGGUGCCGCAUGAGGGGGCGAUGUGUGAUUUGUUGUGGUCGGAUCCAGAAGACAUCGAAGCAUGGGGUCUCUCGCCCCGAGGCGCUGGAUUCCUCUUCGGAGGGGACGUAGCCCGCGCCUUCAAUCACGUAAACAACCUAACCUUCAUCGCCCGCGCCCACCAACUCGUCAUGGAAGGCUACAAAUCGAUGUUCGGAGGACAAGUCGUAACCGUCUGGUCCGCGCCAAAUUACUGCUACCGAUGCGGGAACGUCGCGUCGAUAUUGGAGUUGAAGGAGGGGUGGGAAGCGGCCGGCGCGGAGGGGAAUGAGGAUGGGAGGGAUGGACGGUUUAAGAUCUUUGAGGCGGCGCAGAAUGAUGAGAGAGGAGGGAUGCCGAGUAAGAAGCCUGUUGCGGAUUACUUUCUGUGAUCUACACCUACAGUGUCGAAAAAGCUUAAGGGUCGGGAGAUGGACGGGAAGGUAUGGAAGGGACAGGAUAUCACACAGAACACACAAAU